AUGGAGUGGUCGUUUCUGAGAAAGAUGUUAGUGGUACUGGGGUUUGAGAUGGGAGGGGUUAUCGCUGUUAUUGCAGCAGGCUCAGGACAGGGGGGAUUUUCAUGGGUUAAGAGUUGCAAGGGGGGCGCCUGCGCUCUCGCAUUUAUUCUUUCAGAUGAUAGCCUCCUUUUCUUUAAGUCUAAUGUCCAGGAGGCAGGGGUUAUCAGAAGGUGUUUAACAUCGUAUGAGGAACUUUCUGGCCAGACUAUCAACUAUCAUAAGUCUAAUAUUUGCUUUAGCAAGAAUACUCAGCUUGCGGAUAGAAAUGUUGUGACAGCGGUCUUCGGCGUGCAGCAGGCAGCCAAUUUUGGUAAGUAUUUGGGCUUGCCGGCCUUUGUGGGGAGGAAUAAACGAGCUGUUUUUGCAUAUAUUGGUGAUAAGGUUAGAUUUUGGUGGUGGAAUGGAAGGGAUGGUGGAGGAAUACAUUGGAUGACAUGGGAUAAGUUGAGUAAGCCAAAGAAGUUUGGCGGGUUGGGAUUCAAGGAUUUGAGGGCAUUUAACUUGGCUAUGCUAGGUAAGCAGGGGUGGAGAUUUCUUACCAAUCCUCAGUCUCUGGUUGCCAGAGUUUAUAAAGCCAGGUAUUAUCCAAAGAUUGAUUUUCUGAAUGCCACAGUUGGAAACAACCCAAGUUUUUGUUGGAGAAGUGUUAUGGCCUCUCAUGGUCUAAUUCGCCGUAAUAUUAGACGCAGGAUAGGGAAUGGAAAUUGUACUCUCGUGUGGGGAGAUCCAUGGUUCAUGGGUGAUUCUACUCCUAUGAUUUUAUCUAAUAAGCCUGAGCAUUUGGGUGAAGUGAAAGUUUCUGGGUUGAUAGACCCGGUGACCUUAACAUGGGAUAUGCCUCUUCUUAAUGAGCUAUUUCUGCCAUAUGAUAUUACCCGGAUUAUAAAAAUCCCUAUAAGCCCGGCAUAUGAAGAUUUGUGGUAUUGGUUUGGGGACCCUAAGGGGGAAUACACUGUGAAAGGCGCUUACCGUGAAUUGAUGGGAGUCAUUCCUAUGCGUCUCAAUGACUUCUCGUCAUGGAAUAGGAUUUGGAACCUAAAGAUACCCCCAAAGUGGAAAACUUUCUUGUGGAGAGUUUGUAUGGUGGGAGAUGAUUUUGGUGUGUGGCUUGAGGCUUUGUUCCAGAUUAUUGAUGAUACCCACCUCGCCUCUAUGGUGGCCACCAUGUAUCACAUAUGGGGCCAACGUAACAUGGUUGUGUGGGAGUGUAGAUUGGUGCCUCCACGUCGGGUUCACACGAUGAGAGUGGCUACGGUCGAUGCUUGGCGCGCGGCGUGGCUGCAUGGUGUGGAGACAACAUCUGGACAAGCGCGGGGACGGCUGCGGCAGGCGGCAUCUGCACGCGAUACGGAAAUUGAUGCUCAUGGCCUGCGCUACUCUUUUGAUGCAGGUUAUGUCGUAGCAUCCGGGAUGGGUGUGUUUGGCAUCAUUUUGCAACGUGCGGACGGUGGAUUCAUUGUAGCUAAAAACGGCCCGUUGCCAACAUGCCAAGGUCCUUUCAUGGCAGAAGCACUCGCAUGCAAGGAGGCCCUAUCUUGGCUUAUUGAUUUGGGUAUUUCGGAGGUUGCACUACGGACGGAUUGCUCAAAUCUAUGUCACGCCCUUACUACUUCAGCGACGGAGUUUCGCUCAUAUGAUGGUUUAGCUGUUUCAGCGUGUCGUCAAUUACUUAGUUCUUUUACUUCGUGUUCUUUUGUUUCUAUUCGUCGUACGUCUAAUUUUUUAGCACAUUCGUUAGCUUCUGCAGCCUAUUCACAGGCAGACUUUAUGACAUGGGAAGAUGAUCCUCCUGUGUUUAUUUCGGCUUUGAUUGAUUAA